UGUAUGUUGUCUUCAUUUUUUUAUCUUUUUGGUUUGUUGCGAUUAUCACAUAUAUGAAUGUCUAUGUGAUUUGUUCGAAACGGAAAAAAGAAAACCAAAAAGAGAGAGAGAGAGAGAGAGUGAAUAAUCAAAACUUAAGAUUAUAUUCAUGGAUAUGAAAAUUUCAUUACCGAAAAAUUCAUCACCAAUCAUUCAGCAAUCGUUGAUGCAAUCAUCAAUAAUUGAUAACAAUAACAACAACAGCAGCAGCAGUAGUAGUAAACAGGAUUCAAUAAUUGUAGAUAAUCUACAAUCAAGUCAACAACAACAAUAUAGUGAAACAACAUUGGCAUUGAUUGAAGAAUUUCAACAUUUUAAAUUACAGAUUAACGAACAUUUACGAGAAUUGGAAACAUUAUUGGAACGUUUCAAAUCAAUCAUUAGAAUUAAUUAUCCAAUCGAUCGAAACUUGGAACAAUCAAUGAUGAACAAAUUGGCUACAUCGACAACAUUAUCCGCUACAAGAACUGAAUUAUCAUCGACUAGAAUAGAUAAUGGUAGUGAUGAUAUACGUACCGUUUUGACCGAUAUUGAUCAACAUUUAUCUAUAUUGAAAGAGAUUGAACAACGAAAUUCAUUUGUUUGUGAAUCAUUUUCACGAGAAAUACGUUCACGCGAUGAAGCAUUGUUGGAAAAAAUGCGUCAAAUUAACAUGAUGAAUCAUGAAUUGGCUACAAUGCAGGCCAAAAUACAACAUUUGAUUAUGAAAAAUUCACAACUUGAAAAUGAAAUAAAAUAUUUCAAGACAGCAUCAUCGUUUACAAACACUGAAGCAUCAUCAACACCGGUCGGUGUUAAUGAUUUGGAACGAAUCCAUCAUCAGAUCAUUAUGGAUCAACAUCAUCAUCAUCAUUCACAGCAACAGGGACAGGGACAAAUGGGACAUGGAUCGUUGAUCGGUUGCCAAGGCCAACCAUUGCAGCCACCGCCACCACCAUCACCAUUAACGUCGAUGACAAUCGAAUCAAAACUAAUGAAUAAUAACGGUCAAUCGAUCCAAAUGGAACGAAAAGCUUCCGAACCGUUAGUUCUUUCCGGAGUAUCUAUAAUGCCGGACAUUCGUCAUAAUCGAUCAUCAAUUAUGGACAAUGUCAAUGAUGAUGAUGAUGAUAGAAUCAAUGAUGAGCAUCGAGUGAAAAAGCCAUUGACAUCAAAAGGUCCAGUACCGCCACAACCAUCAUCAUCAAUGUCGAGAGAAAAUGAUCAGCAAAAAGAUGCCAUAUAUCAUGAUCUUCUCUUACAAUAUCGUAAAAUUGAGCAACUUAUACAGCAAGGGCGUACAUAUAAAGUGAAUGAUUAUUCAAAUAAUGGAGCAAAUUCAUCAUUGAAUGUUGAUGAUGAUGAUAAUAAUGCAAACACUAGCUAUCAGCAACAGCAAUCAAUGCUAAAACAUGUUGAUCAAUCGAUAAUGAUGAGGAAUAUAGAUGGAACAAAUGGAUCAUCAUUGAUAGAUAAUGAUAGUGCUAUGAAAGAAACCGAACAAUCAUCAUUGAUUAAUACACCGGCUACUGUGGUGGAAGUUCCAUUAAUGUCGAAUCAUCAUUUGACAACAAAUCAACAAGAUAAUCAACAUGAACAGCAGCAAGAAGAUAAAAUAAGAGAUGAACAAAAAUCGGUCGAUAAUAAUACCAAUCAUCAUAAUCAACAUCAUCAACAAUCAUCUGUAAUAAUCGAUGAAAAUGAAGAUGUUGUUGCCACAUCGAUCAAAGCAUAUGAACAUUUCGUAAAAAUGCAACAUGAUUUGGAAACAUUGAUGAAAAAAGAAAAUGAAUAUCGUAAUCGAAUCGUCGAAUUAGAACAGGAAAAUCAACGAUUAGAUCAGAAGGUCAAAGAUGAUGAAUUUAGUCUUAGUGAUGUUCAAUAUGAAUUGGACAUACUAAAACAUAAUUACGAACUUGAGAUUGAAAGUUUUAGUACCGCAAUUAAUGAACGGGAAAGUUUGAUUGAAAAAUUGCAACAAAAAAUGCAAAGUUUGAAAGGUCGUUAUGUUAAAUUGGAUGAACGGCUAAAAGCAUCGGGAAAAACUGAGAUCGAAUUACAGGCAAGAAUUGAAGAAUUAGAAGGACGAUUAAAAUAUGAAGAACUAAAGGAACAGACAUUGAUCGAUUCAAGAUUAAAUGAAAUGAAACAAAAACUUGAUGAUCAACAGCAUGAUUAUCAAGUUGAGAUUAAUAAUCUAAAAACUGAUUUAGCAUGCGCCGAAUCUGUAACAAAGGAAUUAAGAUCAAAAAUUGAUGAACUUGAAACAUCAUUGAAAAAUAUGGCAUCGGCUGAAUUUGAAGAUGAAUUUGUUUAUUAUAAGAAUCAAAUUGAUAAUUUGGUGAAAGAAUUGGAUAAAGAAAAACAAGAACGACAAAGACAACAGGAACAAUUCGAACAGACUAUUCGUUUGAAAGAUAAACAUUUAGAUCAGGCCAAAGAACAAAUGAAAAAGGAGAAAGAUUCAAUGAUACGCGAAAAAACUGAAUAUGAACAACGUUUCCGUAAAAUGAUGACUAAAAUGAAAUCAAAAGAAACAGAAAUCAAACAAUUACAGGAAAAAGUGAUGACUUUGAAUGAAAAAUUCAAACCACAACAACAACCGGAUAAAUCUGAUUCAGAAUCAAAUACCGGAAACAACAACAACAACAGCAGUGAUCGAACCGAGGGACAAUUAAUGGCCGAGUUAGCAUUGAAUGAAAUAAAAUUAAGUGAAAUGACUAAUCGUUUGGAUGAUCAACAGGAACAAUUAAAAGAAAUGGGAAAUCAAUUAGAAAAUGAACGACAACGACGAAGACAGUUGGAAACAUUCUAUUUAAAUUCAUUGAAUAAUCAUCAUAAUGGUGAUGUUGAUUAUCAAUAUUAUCGUAUGUUUAUGGAUAACGAUGAUACUGGUAUGAAUUUAAUUCAUAAUCUAAAUAUUCAGAAAAAUGGUAAACUUCGUUCAAUGGAUUUCUGGCAACAGGAUGAUGAUCAUCAUCAUUAUGGCAGCAAUAAUAAUGCAUAUCAUCCAUAUUCACAAUCAAGUUUGGCAUUAUCAAUGGAUGAUAUUCAUCAACAACAAUCAUUCAGUGGACAUAAUGAUAAUGAAAUGUCAUUCUCUACAGCUACAAAACGUUGGCUACGACGACAGAAAAAUAUUCUAUUAUUUGGUCAAACACGAUCCAAAGUGAAUCGUCUAAUUAUUAUUGUCUAUUUGAUAUUGAUUCAUUAUCUUAUUUUCCUUUAUUAUUAUUCCGAUACCAAUCAGCAUCAAGCUAAUGAUGAUAAUGAUGGUGAACAACAAUUCAUCAUUCAAAAUGAACCACAAUCAUCAUUCAUCGUACAGGAUGAUGAUCCUUAAUUUGGUCAAAUCUUCAAUCAUAAUCAUAAUCUUGAUUACAUUUAUUUCCAUUUAUUAUUCCAUUAGA